UUGGGGGUGUGUAGGUGGGGUAGGGAGGUAUGUAUGUGGGUGGGAUGGAUCGAUUGAUAGCUAGGUGGUGGCAUGGGAUGGAUGGAUGGAUGGAUGAAAAGAUGAAAGGCAUGUACUAGGUGAAUUUGAGAAUGUAACUGUAACUAUGCUAUGUGCGUUGCCUUGGGUGUAUGUGUGGUUGUAGGAAGGGACUUGCUUGCGGAGGACUUUGGCGAAUAGAAUAUUAUCACUAUUAUCGCUUUUUUCUUCAUUCGUUCAUUCGCUCUGUAUUACUUAUUUACUUACUUAUUUAUUCAUUCCUUUGUUUAAUUCAUCCGUUCAUUCCCCUCUACCUUCCCUCCUUCUACCCUUCAGUUUGUUCUCUGUUUAUUUGUUUGUUUAUUUAUUUACAUAUCUGUCCAUCUACCUCGACCAAGCCCAAGAAAGCUAAAAGGCCAAAACACGCAAGAGCUUACUGACCACACGCGCCCCCGUGGCCGUGGCCGUGCCCUUAGUGAUGAUGAUGCACACACGGGCAUGCUUAUUAUAGACUCUAGCCACGUGGCUGGACGGUUUG